AUCAAUUAGUACUCACAGGCCAAAAACAAUGGCGUUUGCUCUGACAAAAAGUUCAGGACAGCCGGAAAAUGACCAUUGAAGAUACAAACACACCUCCUAACCAUGCCCAAGAGACGGGUGACAGCAACUCGCUUGAUGACGUAACGAGCAAUGACGUAGCCGGGAAUGGGCUUGAUUUCGGAAUCGGUGAUGACGUAGCUUCUGACGUAGGCGACGGCUUGAAGACAAAUGAUGACGAUUUUUACGAUCUUGAUCUUGGUGAAGAAAGCGACAAAAUGGGAUCUUUAAUUGGGAACGGAGAUCCAAAUAUAUUUGCCGACAUCGAGUACGCAGAGGGUUACGAAGGAUUGGUUUAUGGCGAAGCCGAUUAUAACGGUAGAGACCCGAGCUACGAUAAAAAGGCGAUUAAGCCUAUGGAGAUCACACUGGCAAUUAUCUACGCAAUAAUCACAUUUGUGGGCCUGAUCGCGAACGGGGUUGUCUUCUUCGUUAUCUUCGCUGGACGUGAAAUCGAUAUGUUUUCAAUGUUGCUUAACGUGAGCCAACGAAAAACAUCAGAAGGAGGGUAUCUACAGAAUACUGGCAAAACUGUGACCGCUAUGUACGUCGUUCAACUGGCUAUAGCAGACAGCGCAUUGCUACUGACUUUGCCAAUCUUUGGCCUUCAGAAAGUUGCAAUGAAUUGGUCCUUCGGCGCAUUCACAUGUACGUUGUGUCAUUCGAUCAAGUUUUUGAGUUACUACGCUGGGAUUUUCUUUCUAACAGCAAUGAGCGUCGAUCGCUACGUUGCUGUAGCUUACAGCACAAAGUCCCACCAGCUCCGAACACGACGACGUACGAUGAUCGUAUGCCUUGUUGUAUGGCUGGCAGCAGGUUGCAUGACCAUACCAAUACUAAUGUAUGCUCGUACAGAGAAAGUGGUGGACCGAACCAUCUGUCGUCUCAUGUUCCCUGGUUAUGUGAAGUUUAAUGAAUCGGAAACUUAUAUUUUUGUGGCUUCUGACUAUGAACUUGUACCCGAAAUUGAAUCAACCACAGCUUUUGAUGAAGGUCUUUUCACUGACGAUGGGGUCACCGCUCAAGACGAUAACUUCGAGACCGAGACUGUAGACGCCACGAGCAAGCCAGUGUUUCCAGUUUACAAUCACGACUACAACAGAGGCCGGGAAUCACUGUUUAACACCAACGAUAGCUUUCUGUUUGGCAACAAUCAAAGUCAUGAAUACACAUGUUCGCAUAAACAUCAGAAGAAGGUGUACAAAACAUGGCUUGUGGUUGAUUUUGUCGUUGGAUUUGUUCUACCUUUUAUAGUGAUAACAAUCAGUUAUGUAAUGAUUGUAAAACGGCUCCAAACAUCCGAAGACAAGAUUGCAAACAUGACUGGGAAACGUACUAUAAGCAUGAGGAAGCGUGUAACACGUAUGGUGGCUGUACUAGUGGUAUGCUUCGUCGUAUGUUGGCUGCCAAACCAUCUCUUUACAUUGGCUAAGAUACGAGGACUUGACCUUUCUGUGACACCUUGCUACGGAAUCGAGCAUUUUCUUGUGGCGUUUAGUUUCUCGAACGCCGCAAUCAACCCGAUACUGUACAGCUUCUUGAGUCAUAACUUCACAACAAGGUUUCGGGAUAGUGUAGCAAUGGCUCGCAGAAGAAUGGGUCGCAAAGGAAGCAUGGCGACUGGAGUACACCAACAGGGCGGAACACAUAGUGGCGACCACCAGAAUUUCACCAAACGCUUGAGCAACUUUGUUGGUGUAAGAAGACUGAGCCGAGGUUCAGGAGGUGGCGAGGUCGAGUACCACGGCGGGGGGUCAGGUAACGGACAAAGUGAUUAUGCUAAAAAGCAUAAGUUUUCCUUUCCACUGAGAGAGAUAGCUGGAAAACGAUCUCAAAAAGAUUCAAACGGUUACAGUGAAACAGAGCCGGCAAAGACGGAGAAUGAAAGCCGCACCAACCAAACUGAAUGUACACGAGUGUUACUAGAGUCUCGCAAGGAGACACACGAAUGCUAACUUCCACUUUAAACAUACAGCGUAGCCUGUAUACUGUUCUAUCCUAAGACUUUCGACUGAGUUGACCUCAGUCGCAUUAUGACUGCACAAGUACUUUGUUUGAAAUGAUACGAAUGUUCCUAUUUUUCUCGUUCCUUCCGUUUUGUACAUAAUUUAUUGUAAUUAUAUAACCACCGCCUAAAAAGAUGUUUUAAAACCACUUCUUCAAAUCAGAAACGUGAUUUAACUUUUAAAUCAAGUUGGUAUAUUGCAGUAACACAGUAUUUAGUGUUUACCAGUUGGCCCUGCUUUAUUUUUUACUAAAACACUGCAAAAUUUUACAAUUAUGUCGAUUUUAGUGCAUGUUAGUUUAACAGCUGCCGAUAAAGUGUUUUUUCAUUCGAGUAAGAAUUCAUGGUAUUAAAAUUUACUUUGCAUUGAUGUUUUAA